GUAACUAACUUCACUAAGUUGCCAACUGUCAAUCUUAAAACACGACGUAACCUAACCUCAAAUAUAAAUUUUUCAUUUUCAGAUCUAAAUAAUACAAAAUAUGUCGAAAAAUAUAAUUGAAAAAGCAUUAACAAUGCUUCGUGCACUCCCUAGAGUGUCGUUAGCGAAUAUUAGAGAUAAUCCAGGGGCGCGAAUGUGCAAAAAAAGAGGUAGAGGACAACACGGUGGUGAUAAACAUGGUGCUGGCAAUAAAGGAUCCCUUCAAAGACAAAACUAUACCAGAUUAGGUUAUGAAACAGGCAAUAAUCCCUUUUAUUUAAGAUUUCCAAUGGAACCUUACUACAAAGGUCAUCAUUUGAGGCGCCAAUAUCCACCAAUUACACUUUUAAGGCUCCAAACGAUGAUUGAUACUAAUCGUAUUGAUACUUCAAAACCAAUUGAUUUAACUGCUAUUUUAAAUACUGGUUUAUACACAUUGCAUCCAGAUCAAAGGCAAUUUGGGGUUAAUUUAACUGAUGAAGGUGCAGAUAUCUUCAAAGCAAAAAUUAAUAUUGAAGUACAAUGGGCUAGCGAAUUGGUUAUUGCUGCUAUUGAAAGAAACGGUGGUGUUAUAACAACCGCUUAUUAUGACAUGCAUAGCAUACAGGCGAUGAUGAAUACUAAAAAGUUUUUUGAAAGAGGUGUCCCAAUCCCAAGGAGGAUGGUACCGCCACAAGAUGCUAUUGAGUAUUACUCAGAUCCUGUUAAUAGGGGAUAUUUAGCUGACCCUGAGAAAAUUUCGCAAGAACGAUUGGUUUUAGCACAAAAAUAUGGGUAUACGCUACCGAAAAUUGAGGAAGAUAACGAUUAUGCAAUGUUGAGUGAGAGGAAGGACCCUAGACAGAUAUUUUAUGGGUUACACCCAGGAUGGAUGAUUAAUUUAAAGGAUAAAGUUAUUUUGAAACCGCAAGAAGAAGAAUUGUUGCAACAUUAUUGUUCGUAAUGAUGUAUUUUUAGAGUAGUAAAAUAAAUGAGUACAGUUUCAA